GUCUACUUGGAUGUGUUUUCAUGGUAUUGCUGCAUUCUUUCACAGGUCUAUCACUCAAAACAACCAUGAAGUCUGUAGCUUUGGUCCUUGCUCUGGCAGUCAUCACCGGCUGCAAUGCCCGUGUGCUGCCCCAGGCUGAUGUCUCUGUAAGUCGCUGGGAGGACACCGUGGACCGGUUCUGGCAGUACGUCUCUGAGCUGAACAAGCAAGCCGAUGGAGUCCUGCAAAACGUCAAGAGCUCUCAGCUCAGCAGGGAGCUAGACACCCUGAUCACCGACACCAUGGCAGAGCUGAAAACCUAUAGAGAUGACGUCCAGACCAAGCUGACCCCCUUGACCGAAACCUCCACCGGUCAGCUGACUCAGGACCUGCAGCUUCUGGCCAACAAACUGCAGAAGGACAUGCUGGAUGCCAAGGAUCGCACCACCGACUAUCUGGGUGAGCUCAAGAGCAUGGUGGAGCUGAACAGUGAUGACGUCCGUGGCCGUGUUGGUGCCUACACCAGCAAGCUAAGGAAGCGCUUGGACAAGGACACCGAGGAGAUUCGCAACACCGUGGCCACUUACAUGGACGAGGUCCAGUCCCGCACUUCCCAGAACCUCGGCACCGUGAGGGAUCAUGUUGAGCCCUAUGUCCAGCAGACCAGUGACACCGCCUCCAAGAAGCUCAGCGACCUCUCUACCAUGCUGCAGAGCCAGGCUGAGGUUCUGAGCAAGCAGCUGGAGACCCAAGCCGAGGGCUUCAAGACCCAGGCCGAUGAUCUGAAGACCCAGGCUGAGUCUCUCAAGACCCAGCUGGAGGCCACUGCUGAGGAGCUGCGCGCCUCCCUGGAGGGCAAGAUUGGCGAUCUGACCGAUCUGCUGGCCCCAUACGCCACCAGGAUCCGCGAACAGCUUGACGCUGUGGUUGAAAAGGUCAAGGAAACUGCUGCCUAAACACAGACUGAGGGUUUUCAAGAGGGGGUUAAGAGUUACUGAUAUCUUCAUUUAAGCGUCUUGUGUUCAAGCUAAAGGGGUUUUAUUAGUGAAAGGAGGAAGCAUGGAUGCUUUGUUUUACAGCGACAGCCUUUCUCCUCGUUUGUUCCUAAUCAAUUUCCUUUCUCAUUGAACACAAGCACCACAGUUAAUAGCACAUACAGGUAACAACUAUUUGUAAUAUGCUUUGCUUGUUUACUAAACUGCUUCAGCUGUCCGACGACCACGCCUCCCUUAAAAGUUAGCAUCGCGUUUCUUUAUACGUUUUGUCUGGUUGUAAAUAUAACUGCUGUGUUUGAGCCACACAGGCAGGUUCUCCAGCCUGUAUCAUCCUCUCAACGAUCCAAACACACAGGUGUCACUAAAAUUUCCAAAAUGCACUGAAUAUAUGAUGAUCAAAAGUUAAGGGCACAUGCCGUACUGUACUGUGUCAUUUUUAUACAUUUUCAGUCGAUGCUGAACCACUGAAGCGACUGUGUUUCUUUUUGUGGCUCACAGAAAAAGUGUGAAAGUGUAAAAACUAGUGAGAAAAAGUGUAAUGCUGCCUGCCUUCUGUUCUUCUGUGUGAACACAUUGUCACAUGUCACAUGUCCACCUGCUGCUCACUAUCAGAACAGUACUGAGUGAAUAAAGAACCUGGGAAAAAGA